AGAAGCUAGUACCUCAGUCGAUAAAAGAAGUCAUUUGAAAAGAAUCAAAAGGACAGUCAAGACUAACUAGGAAAUUUAUUCUCAAAUGAGUUGAGUGUUGAAUCUUCGUAAAAACAAUGAUAUUCUGAGAAUAUGUGGACAAUAGGGAAGGAAAAUGAUCAUGCGGAGGAUUUUAUCCUUGAGAUGAAGAAAUAAGAUAAUUAAACUAGGGAUAAGAGGAAUUUCUUACUUGAGUUUUUCGGUGACAAAUAAAAAUUGAUGAUAAUAUGAAUAAUACAAAGAGUGACGUGAACUUAGAGAGUAAUAGCGCAGAGAUUAAAUUACUGUUGGAUCCAUCGAAAACUGUUGAUAUACUGCGUCCAACGUUGCACACACCGUCAGUGAGAGGUGUUGACGAUGUCUUCAGGGAGCUUCCAAUAACGGAAGACACUUCCUGCGGUGUCUGGUGCUUCCGCGGUCCCAAUCUCCAGAGAUUUGCCAAUAAAAAAGCGUACGUAUUUCUGUACGGCGUGCUCGGAUGUAUUUUUUCGGCAAGUUAUGCGUAUUUCAAUGGCACCAUCACGACACUGGAGAAGAGAUUCAAGAUACCGUCGAAAACAACUGGUGUCAUUAUGGUUGGAAAUGACAUUUCCCAGCUUCUGGUGUCCGUCGUACUGUCGUACUACGCUGGGAGAGGACACAGACCGCGGUGGAUAGCGUUCGGUAUUUAUACUGUAGUACUAUUUUGCUGCCUAACAAUGCUCCCCCACUUUCUCUACGGCCCGGGUGAAGACGCGUUACAAUUGACGAAGGAGUACGGUGGCAUAAGUCUGACAGGUGCAUCAAACUCGACGGGCCUUCUCCCAGGCAAAGACCGGGAGCGAAAAUUUUUAUGUCUAGCGAAGGAGCACCGUGGAACUGAUUGCGACGAGGAGGAUGGCAAUUUUGCACCCCAAGUGUUUCUUUUCAUCGCCCAACUGGUAGCCGGAAUAGGUGGAUCUCUCUACUACACCCUAGGUGUCUCCUACAUGGACGACAACAUCCAGAAAUCAAAGACCCCAGCAUUGAUCAGUUUCUCCUACUUCCUGAGAAUGCUGGGACCAGCAAUUGGCUAUGGACUAGCAUCAUUCGCGUUGAAAUUCUACAUCAGCCCAACACUGACACCAACCAUCAACACAACAGAUCCGAGGUGGUUGGGAGCAUGGUGGAUGGGCUGGAUAAUCCUGGCGAUCCUCCUCUUCAUUUUCGCCAGCAUUCUUGCCCUCUUUCCGAAGACCCUGCCUCGAGCAGCUGCCAGAAAGGUCCUCGCUCUUGAGCGGAGUAAGUCCACAAGUAAUCAAGACGAAAAAGGGAACAAUGAUUCUAAAGACAUUGAGCACAAUCGAUCAGAAGUACCGGCCUCCUUAGGAGACAUGAUGGAAACCUUUAAACGAUUACUGACUAACAGCACAUUGAUGUGCAACAACCUCGCUACAGUCUUCUACUUCCUGGGUUACAUGCCGUACUGGGUCUUUAUGCCGAAAUACAUCGAAACUCAGUACAGACAAUCGGCCUCACUCUCCUCCCUGAUAACUGGCACAGUUGGCCUGAUUUUCACGGCUAUCGGCAUUUUAAUUUCUGGUCUUGUUAUCUCAAAGUACAAGCCUAAGGCGAGGUAUUUAGCCGCUUGGAACAUCAUCGUUGGCGCAAUUUCGGUGAUGGGAAUGAUAUCGUAUGCAUUCUUAAGAUGCUCUGCUAAUGACAACCAGGUGAUAAUGGCUGGCAGUCCAGGGGGACAUUCCUCGUGCACUGAUAAUUGUAAUUGUGAUUACGUUACAUACAAUCCUGUAUGUUCUGAGGACGGCAGAACCUACAUAUCUGCCUGCCAUGCUGGAUGUCAAACGCUCACGGUGAAGCCUGAUGGCACCAAAAAAUACUCUGAUUGUGCCUGCAUUAAAUCGAGGUACACUAGAGCCCCAUGGGAUCCAGUUGACGCGAUGACAGGAAGUAAUUGGACAACGACAGCAGAAGAACAUAAUAACAUGCUCAAUGAUAAAGGGUCAGCAACAUCUGGACCCUGUCCAGUGGAUUGCCAACACAAGUUCUAUCUGUUCUUGGCUGUAGUUUGCCUCCUCAAGUUCAGCGGCGCCACAGGACGCGCUUCCAAUUUCCUAGUGUCUGUCAGAUGCGUUGACGAGAAGGACAAAGCAGUGGCCAUGGGCUUCGGUUUGACCAUUAUGAGCCUAUUUGCCUUCAUACCGUCGCCUAUACUCUUUGGGUUCAUCCUGGAUAAAACGUGCCUUGUCUGGGGGAAAACGUGUUCGGGAACGGGGAAUUGUUGGUUGUACGAUGGCGAAACCCUUAGGUAUCUACUCAACUUUACUGCAGCAAGUUUCGUCACUAUUGGAACGAUAUUUGACGUUGGCGUCUGGUACUUCGUAAAGGACGUCAAAAUAUUCGACGAUGAAAUUGAGUUGGAAAAGGUAACCGAGGAGAAUGGGGAGACCCUGGACAAUCGAAAAUAGAAGAGCAAAAUUUUUCAUCUUGACGAAUGAAUCGAAAUUAGUUUGACGAUCGGAACUGUUCUAGUCUGGAAUUGGCUUCAGUGGGGAAAUGAGUUCAGAUGAAUUCAAGCAAUAAAGACUCCGAGCGUAACUUAAGCAUACAUUUACGUACUAUGUUAAUGCGUGUAGUUAUAAAAUCAUGUAGCGAUCGAGUAUGUGAUACUUUAUUACGAAUAUACUGAGUAUUCUGGAAAUCCAAAAACUAUGUUGGACAUAAAUUGUUAAAAAUUUCAGCACUAGACAAGAUAUUCCAACAUUUUUUUAAUGAAAAAAGUGCGUAUUAAUGUACA